ACUUCAGCGGGGAUCGACAGAACUGGGAUCGAUUAGUUAGGCCUCAUCAUGAUGUUUUCCACUCUAGAAGCUGACGCGAUAAUGGCUAGGCAGAUGUACAUUACGACUUUAUUAUUGUCUUAAAUUAAGACCACAAGUGUUAUUGGUAGGCCGUAGUGGCUAUCCUGAAUCAGGUGAAGUUAUAACAGGAGUCUAAACUGUUGAGAUAAGAUCCAGUGCAGGUUUAUUUUUGCUAUCAGGCCCCGCAUGUUCUCUCCCACCGCCUCACAAAUCUGAAUUUUUUUUAAUGUUCGUUUAAUUGAAUUCAGUAGGAUUUUUUCCUGAAGACAUCACCGAUUAAUGAAGAUGGACACAGAUAAGUUUAACUACGUUUAUAGUUGUGAUCUGGACACAAACGUCCACUUGAAAAUGACAAUGCAUUCCUGGGAUGCCAGUACACAAUCUUGCGCAAGACAUCAUCAUCAUCAUCAUCAUCAUCAUCAUAGGACAGCGACUGUAAAAGUCAAACUGCAUUAAGAAGAGUUGUCAUCCUGUGAAGUACUUGGAGCUAUCGGCACUGUGUAAAUUACGUGAGGCAGUCUGGAGGGCAAGAGAGAGCAGAAGAGCUAUAAAGCUCUGCUGGAGGACCCCAUGCUGCGUUUCUCAGGGCUCUAUCAGGAGAGCUGCUCCGACCUGUUUGUCACUUGUCAGGUAUUUGCUGAGGGCAAGCCACUUGCUUUGCCAGUACGAACUUCCUACAAGGCCUUCAGCACUCGCUGGAAUUGGAAUGAGUGGCUUAAGUUGCCAGUGAAGUACCCUGACCUGCCACAGAGUGCCCAGGUAGCUCUCACUGUGUGGGAUGUGUAUGGACCUGGCCGUGCCACACCUGUUGGAGGCACUACGGUGACCCUCUUUGGGAAAUAUGGAAUGUUCCGGCAGGGCAUGCACGAUCUGAAGGUGUGGCCAGCCGUAGAGGGGGAUGGGACUGAGCCCACAAGUACACCAGGAAGGACCGGCAGCACUCUGGCAGAGGACCAGAUGGGCCGCCUGGCCAAGCUGACAAAGGCUCAUCGUCAGGGUCACAUGGUUAAAGUCGACUGGCUGGAUCGCUUGACCUUCAGAGAGAUUGAGAUGAUCAAUGAAAGUGAGAAACGUAGCUCCAAUUUUAUGUACCUCAUGGUAGAAUUUCCCCGUGUCAAAAGUGGUGAACGAGAAUACAGCAUUGUAUAUUAUGAAAAGGAUGCCGAUGAAUCCUCCGCUUUGCCAACCAGUUCAGACAUUGUGAAAGUUCCCGACCCUCAGAUGUGCAUGGAGAACCUUGUGGAAAGUAAACAUCACAAACUGGCUCGUAGUUUACGGAGCGGACCAUCCGACCACGACCUCAAACCUAACGCGGCCACAAGAGAUCAACUCAAUAUCAUUGUGAGCUACCCUCCCACCAAGCAGCUGAGCUCUGAGGAGCAGGACCUUGUGUGGAAGUUUAGAUAUUACCUCACCACACAGGAGAAGGCCUUGACUAAGUUCCUGAAGUGUGUGAACUGGGAUCUGCCCCAGGAGGCCAAACAGGCCCUGGAGCUGCUGGGAAAGUGGCGGCCGAUGGAUGUGGAGGAUUCCCUGGAGCUGCUGUCCUCACAGUUCACCAACCCCACAGUGAGACGCUACGCUGUCGCAAGACUGCGGCAGGCUGACGAUGAGGAUCUGUUAAUGUACUUGCUCCAGCUGGUGCAGGCAUUAAAAUAUGAGAACUUCAACGAUAUUCAGGGUGGCUUGGAGCCUGCCAGUAAGAGAGACAGUCAGGGCGGUCUGGGAGAGAGCUCAACAUUAGGAGAUCUAGACAGUUCGCAGAUGGUGUCUACCAUCACCGUGACUGUCAGCAUACAUAAAGGCAAAGAAGGAACAGAUGUUGAAAAUCUAGAGCAAGAUCUGUGCACUUUCCUAAUAUCACGUGCCUGUAAGAACUCUACACUGGCAAACUAUUUAUACUGGUAUGUGAUUGUGGAGUGUGAGGAUCAGGACACACAGCUGAGAGAUCCAAAGACUCAUGACAUGUAUCUCAAUGUAAUGAGGAGGUUCAGUCAGGCUCUGCUCAAGGGCGAUAAGAGUGUGAGAGUAAUGCGCUCCCUGCUGGCCUCUCAGCAGACAUUUGUAGACCGAUUAGUGCAGCUGAUGAAGGCCGUUCAGAAGGAGAGCGGAAACCGUAAGAAAAAGACGGAGCGGUUACAGGCUCUGUUGGCUGAUAAUGAGAAGGUGAAUCUGUCAGAAAUUGAGCCCAUCCCUCUUCCUCUGGAGCCUCAGAUCCACAUUAAAGGCAUCAUACCUGAGACUGCCACGCUCUUUAAGAGUGCUCUGAUGCCAGCAAAACUCAUCUUUAAGACAGAGGAUGGGGAGCAGUAUCCUGUGAUCUUUAAACAUGGAGAUGACCUGAGACAGGACCAGCUCAUCUUGCAGAUUAUUUCACUCAUGGACAAGCUGCUGAGGAAAGAGAACCUGGACCUGAAAUUGACCCCCUACAAAGUCCUGGCAACCAGCACCAAACACGGUUUCAUGCAGUUUGUGCAGUCUGUGCCUGUGGCAGAGGUUUUGGCCACAGAAGGAAAUAUUCAGAGUUUCUUUCGGAAACAUGCUCCAAAUGAUAAGGGGCCAUAUGGUAUCAGCUCUGAAGUCAUGGACACGUAUGUUAAAAGCUGUGCGGGCUAUUGUGUCAUCACCUACAUUCUAGGGGUGGGAGACAGACAUCUAGACAACUUACUGCUCACAAAGACUGGUAAGCUAUUUCAUAUAGAUUUUGGAUAUAUUUUGGGUCGGGACCCUAAACCCCUGCCACCCCCCAUGAAACUGAGCAAAGAGAUGGUGGAGGGGAUGGGGGGCAUGCAGAGUGAGCAAUAUCAAGAGUUCAGGAAACAAUGCUACACUGCCUUCCUGCACUUGCGCAGAUACUCUAACCUCAUUCUGAAUCUGUUCUCUUUGAUGGUGGAUGCUAAUAUUCCAGACAUCGCACUAGAGCCUGACAAAACUGUAAAAAAGGUUCAGGACAAGUUUCGACUGGACCUCUCAGACGAGGAGGCUGUGCAUUAUAUGCAGAGUCUGAUUGAUGAAAGUGUAGGGGCAUUGUUUGCUGCAGUGGUUGAGCAGAUACACAAAUUUGCACAGUAUUGGCGCAGAUAAAGUGAUGUCAUCGAGGCUGGCUGUCACGCAAUCAGUGAGAAACAGAUAGAUGGUCAGCAAAAGCAACUGAAUGACGGAGAAGAGAAAUGGACAGGUGCCAAGGCCACACUUCUAGUGACAUCAUGUUUUCACUAUGAACCAUUCAUGCACAAGGUCUGAGCUUCAUUGAAUAUAUUUGUGUGUGUGUAUGUGUAUAUAUAUAUAUAUAUAUAAGAGUAAUAAAAUUAACUGUUUGUGUAAAGAAAAAGACUGCCAAAUAAAGAUUUAA